CACUAAUUGUAUUAACGAUUUUUAGUUAUUACUAUUAUAUAACAAAAUUGCAGGAGAUUGUCAUGAAUAAUCUAACACCAUAAUAAUUAAUCUCUAAAGGUGGCAUAUACAAAGUACUAGAUGUUUUCUAGAAUCAUUGGAACACAAAUGGUACUUCAGAUGAAAUUAAAUGGAAUCAAAUUAAAUUGAAUUAAACAUUUAUAAAAUCAAACUUGUAAUUGAUAUUGUGGUUUAGGAUAAAAUUCAAAUGUUAAAUAUCGCAAGUUUUCUGGGCUUAUUGUAACGAGUUCUUAAUGUGUAUGAUAUAGAGAAUUUCUUUAUUAAAAGCUAGCAGUGCCAUGAAUCGUAUGGCGGGAAAUUGUGUCCUAAUGUUUUCUCCGUUGUGUGACGUGUUAUAUAUAAUUAAUUAUUCUCAUAUAACAGUGUUGUUAACAAUGUAAACUUUUAUUGCUUUAUUGUUGCAUAUCCGUGCUCGUUAUUUAUUGAAUUUUUUGUUUGCUCGUAACGUCUACUUGUCAUUUUUUGAAGCUGUUGCGUACCAAAUGAGGUUACGUCAUAUAAGUUUAAUUUUUCUGAAAGAAAAAAAAUAAAUUAUAAAGAAUCGUGUCCAAUCUGCGUCGUUUAAUCGAACAUCGUAAACGAUGGAUAUUUUACCAACGCAAGUGUAUGAAGAUGAUACUUUUACUUCAACUCAAAAACUUUCAGAUUCUCUGCAACAUGAAACAACACAAGAAAUAGAAAUUGGAACGUUAAGUAUUGGUUCUAAUUCGUAUCCAAUCAAGAAAGGAAUUAACAAAAUUGGUAGACACCCAGAAUGUAAUAUACUACUAAAUGAUCAAACGGUAUCUAAGAAGCAUGCAGAAAUCGAAGUUACCAAUGGAGAAACAUGGCUCUGCGACUUAAAUUCUUCGAACAAAACGAAACUCAACAGUUCUAUUUUAAGACCUGGUCGAUAUUAUGAACUAAAAAGUGGAAGUGUCAUCGAAUUCGGUAUGGUACGCGCUGUUUAUACGGUUAACCGUUCAAUGGAUGAAUCUCUUGUCCCGGAAACCCCUGCGCCAACUCGUUUGAAGAAGCCGCAGACAGUCAUCUUAGGAACACCUGAUGUAUCUAUGCGUAAUUCGUCCGCAUCAGAAGGAAACGUUUCAAUGAUCCCUGCGACUCAAGCCGACAAUGGAGAUUCGGUGUUUCGACGACCAUCUGUACCCUCAAGGAGCUCCGCCAGCAACCGUAAAAGUUUCGUUCCUGACUCCUCCAUCGAUGACAGCAUUAACGAUUCUGGAAGCUCUUCCAUGCUGGAAAAGGAACAUUCAGACAGACGAAGGGUCAGUAUUCAUGAUAUGGAAACGCAGAAGACGCUCGAGUCAGAGAGUGAAACAAGCAUUGACAUCCAUGAUGUUGAAACUCAAAAAAUAUCAUUAAAUAGCUUUAAACACUCUCAUAAUCAGACUGAUAUUCAUGACUUGGAAACGCAACAUGAAGAGGGCACAGAGAUUCAAUACGUUGCAACUGAUAUUCAUGAUGUAGAAACGCAGCAUGAUAUAGGCAUACAUGAUUUGAAAACGCCGAGCAUGAUAGAAUCACGAAAUGUUUCAGCUACAGACGACAAAAGUGCCGGGGUUAUGGAAAAAUGUGAAACGGAAAAUACAGAAUUGCAGAAUAAUAUUUCUGGUAUAGAGGCGAAAAAGAACAAAGUUGAAGAAAAAAAAGUUUGUACCAAUACGGCUGGUCAGUCCAUAAAAGCUGAAGUCAUAAAGACUGAUGAUUUCACAAAUUUUGAACAAUCAGAAAAUGACCAAAAAAGUUCACAAGAAUAUUUACACCUGUCGCUAACGACGAAUUUCGACGACGAGUGCUCUGAACUUGACAGAAGCCGCAACCUUCUCGGUUCGCAGAAUUUGUUAGAGGACUUCAUUGGAGACGAUGAUCCAGUGAACGAAUCGAGAUCAAAAUCAUCUAGCCCUGUAAAGUCUUCAAAUAUGAACAAUAAUGAAACAAUUGAAAACAGUAGUAGCGAUGAAAAUAUAUUCAACGCAGCGACACAAGUCAAAAUUAAAGAGGAGGACGUUUUAAAAAAUGUUGCACAACGAGUUAAUUAUAAGUUCAAAGCUUCUCUGAUAGAAGAUGACUCUGAUGAUGACACUGAUCAAGAGGGUGUGUUUCAGAGGUACGUACGGGUUGACAGUCAGGAUAGUAGUCAAGAUAUUAAAUUUUCAAAAAGUCAGUCUAGCAGUGAAGAUUCUGAUACGGACGAAGACGGACAUUUUACAGAAAUUGCCAAAAAAGAAAAACAAGCGGCAUCUAUGUCCUUUGAAGCGCGACAAAGUGAAAGUAAGGAAGGUAAAAAUGAUAAUGAAUCGAGCCGCGACUCGUACGAUCUGUUUGACGUACCCACACAAAAAUUAAGUCUAAAGGACCAAAAUUCCUCAAGUAGACAAAGUAAAGAUAAUGAAGAUAUAGAUUUUAAUGCACCAACUCAAGUGAUCGAAGUAAACAAUCCUAAAAGUGAUAUAAAAAUAGAAACACAAGAGGAACAUGUAGAUGACCUACUACCGACACAGAUUUUACCAAGCAGCGAAGCUUCCACAAAUAUUAAUGUAACAAAAGAUAAAGCUGCAUUCCUAGUAAAGGAGGAAGAUGGAGAAGUAGAGUAUAACACAUCUACAAAAAUGAUUUCGGAGAAUGUUUCUAUUUCCAGCGAUCCAUCACAUAAGAAUUCUGUUCAGUUGGAUCCAAGUAUAGUAGAAGAGUUUAGCAUUGAAGAUAUUGAUUAUGAAAUGGCACCGACGCAGUUGUUGGGUGAAAUGGAAAAACAGAAAUCCAAAUCAACUUCUCCCAAGAAAAGAAAAUCAAAAACAUCUAAUAAAGUAAAUUUGAAUGAUACAUUGGAAAGAAAUUUAAACGAAAUGUUUGAUGAUGUCAAUGAGGACAUCGAAGAUCAACCUCAAAUAUCGACUCAAAUUCUUACAGAUAUAUUGCAAUUAUCACAGAGUGAUGACAAACCUACCGACAAAAAUAUCGAUAAAAACCCACCGGAAAACAAUAAAAAUAGGAAAUCUCCCAAGGAGACAAAAAGUAGUAAACCUGCAACAAAUUCAAAAUCACCUGUGCUAUCAAAUAGAAAAUCAAGCCGGUUUAGUUUAAAGAAAGCUACUUCUGACAAUGAUUCACAAAAUUAUUUCAGUAAUCUUACUUCAACAAGAAAAAGUAAUGUUUUGAAGGAUUCUCAAGAUCUUGGUAUCCCUAGUGAAAACAUAUCUGAUAAUAAAAAUGAACUUGGAACAAAAUUAAUAAAUAAUAAUACCACGAAUGACAAAAACAGUACAUCUAAUAUCUCAUUGACAUCUUCACCCAAAAGGUUACUAAGGACGAGAUUUCCAAACUCAUAUGAUACUAAGGAUGCGCAAGAAUCUGAAAGGAUUUUACAAAAAACAAACAUGUCGAGCAGUAAUGAUGUUUCAAAGGAAUAUAAGAAAGAUGAUCAAACAUCUGCUUCAAUAGUUAAUUCACGACAACCUCAAGAUACAAUUACAACAUUGGAGUCAGAUGAAGAAGAUAUUAUGGCAGGUUUACCUGAGGUUCGAAUUUCAGGAACAUUAUCAAAUCCAGCAAGUCCAACAUCGUCAACAUCAACUGAAUUUAGAUUAUACACCAGUCGUUUGAAAUCCAAACAAGGUUCGCGAAAAACUGAAACUAAACAGAAAGAAGCACCCAAAAGGUCAACACGAAAGUCACUCGCACGUAAAAACUCAAAAGUUGAUGAAUCUUCUAAUGUUAGCAAAUCAAAGUCUGCAACAAUUUCAAAUACUUCUGACGAGUUUAAUGUGGCCAGAGUUCCAAUGACGUUAUAUGAAAGUGAUAAGGUCAAAAUAAAUGAAAUCACACCAACGAUAAGGACAUCUUUACGUAAACCUAAAGAAAGUGAAUCACUACAAAGAAAAUCUAAACUUCCCAUUACUUCGCAAGAACGUGACGGUCUUUCCAUUCAAGAUAACGGAAGGACUCGUCUUUCUCUCAAAGAAAAUGUUGAUUGUUCAUCUGUUUUUCAGGUUGGAAAAGAGGCUCCGAUUGCAAAGGAAGCAACUGAGUCCUCGAAAAAAACCACUUUAAGAGCAUCUCGUGCUGUUAAGAGAUCACUCAGUGCAACGGAUGAAACUGAAAGCAAUAAGGCGAAAAAACGAAAGGGAGAUAUUAAUGAAAGUACGUCUGCGGGAACCAGAAAGAGGAAAGGUGAUGCUAGAAGUGUGGCCGCUAACAGGAGUAAUUCUGCAAAUAUUCUUGAUUAUAUAAAUAAAAGAAAUUCAGCAGUGAAUAUGGAAAAUCCAGAGAACUCGCAACAGUCAUUUAACAGCAGCCAAGAAAGCAUAAGUUCUAAACAGUUGAUAAUUAAAAUUACGAAAUUAUCUUCAAGUACUCCAACGCCACGAUCAUCUCCCAGUCCCUCUGCAAAAUCAAUAACUGAAAGUAACCAAAAUGAAACAAUGCAGAAUAAACGAACAUCUGUUAACAACCGUAGUGGUAUAAACAAUUCAUCUAACGCAGAGAAUGAUAAACCCGUCACAAGAAGAAGUAAUACUAGAAAAGCAACAAAGAAACGGCAACUUAUUGUAGAGGAUAUCACUUCUGACGUAGGAGAAGAAUCACAGGAAGUAGAAAUGAUUAUGAAUGCUUCGCUCCAAGAGCAAAGUAUCAGUUUAAAUAAAAAAAAUCCGAAAAAUACAAAUGAAAAUACAAUCAAUAUUAAAACAAGAGGUACUAGAAAACGUGGAUACACGAACGCUCAUUCUAGUGAAGAUAUCAUAGAAAAUACUUCUUCAGAGAUUUAUGAGACAGAUAACGCAUGCUUUGAAGUGCCCACUUCCAAACCUAAGCGAGCUAAAGUAUCCAAAAAUGCUGCAAGCACUGAUAACUCUGUAGUAAAUGAAUCAACUAAACGAGGAAGGAGAGGUAAUAAGCGAUCAUCCCAAUCAAUUCGUGAUCUUCAGCACUCAAUUAUAGACUCUUCUUUAGAAGAAGUUACAGAUGCAAAUGUUAAUAAAAGUAUUGUAAAUAAAACUGUAAGUAAAGAAGGUAACGUACCAAAGAAAAAGGGAAGGAAAGCAAAAACACAGAAACUUGAAACCGAAAAAAAGAAAAACACAGAUAUUAUAAACGAAACAUCUUCGGAAAUAAAUUCCAGUAUAGAUACGUCAGUCCUUUCAACACCAACAAGAGCACGAAGGAGUUUGUCUACGUCAUUCACAACAUCGUCACCGUAUAAAAUAAAACAUAAAGUUUUAUUCACUGGUAUUACCAAUGAUUACAACAAGUUCCUAACAAAAUUGGGAUCAUCUCAAGUUGAGGAUCCCACAAAAUGCAGUGUUUUGGUCACGGAUAAGGUUCGAAGAACUGUUAAGUUUCUGUGUGCAUUAGCACAAGCCAUACCAAUAGUCUCAGUUGAUUGGUUGGUUGAGAGUGAGAAAGCAGGACAUUUUACAGAAUUGGCUAAUUAUAUAUUGAAAGAUCCAGCUGCAGAAGCUAAGUUUGGUUUCAAACUAAGAGGGAGUUUGGAAAAAGCAAGAAAACAGAAGCUUUUGGAUGGAUACACCGUAGUGCUAACACCUAAUGUCGCUCCACCACCGUUACCGGAAUUGAAAAGCAUAAUUAGUUCGUGCGGUGGUAAACCUUUAGUACGUUCACCACUGUCAUGGCCACAAAAGGCAGUCAUCAUUUCUCGCGAGGAAGAUUUAGAAAACGCCAAAAAGUUCCUCCUGAAAGCUCCAAAAUCUGUUACAGUGCAGUCAACGGAAUUUAUAUUGACCGGCAUUUUACGACAAGAAUUGGAUUUCGUUAAGUAUAAAGUUAUAUAA